AAAAUUACUUUAUAAGGAAGGUGGUGGCAAUGGUUAGAACAAAAAAAAACAUAUGUCAAAGAUCAAGAGGUACACGUUAAAUAUUAAAUGCAUUAUAAAGUAAUUUUCGAAAUUUUUCGAAAAGGCUGACUUUUCUUCAACGAAACUCGCGUUUUCUCUCCCAACAACACAAAACUUCAAAACUCGCCGGAAAUUACCGCAAUCGCCCCAUAUGAGCUAAGUGAUAAGCUUCUCCUUCUUCUCCCUCUUUCUCUCAGUUGCUGAGUCAUCAACAUGGGUAACUGUAACGUCUGUGUGAAGCCUCCCAACUCGGAAGACUCGACUCAGAAGCCCAAAACCCCAAAUCGAGACCGGAAACCAAACCCCUACGCCGCCGGCGCCAUCGUCAGAUCCCCCGGGACUACUCUCAAGGACGCCGUGAUCCCCACGAGCCACCGCACGAAGAUCUCCGACAAGUACAUCCUAGGCCGCGAGCUCGGCCGCGGCGAGUUCGGGAUCACUCACCUCUGCACCGAUCGCGAGACUCGCGAAGCCCUCGCCUGCAAAUCGAUCUCCAAGCGCAAGCUCCGGACGGCCGUCGACGUCGAGGACGUCCGCCGCGAGGUCGCGAUCAUGUCCACUCUCCCGGACCACCCCAACGUGGUGAAGCUCAGGGCGACUUACGAGGACGGCGAGAACGUGCAUCUGGUGAUGGAGCUCUGCGAAGGAGGAGAGCUUUUCGAUCGGAUUGUUGCCAGAGGGCAUUACACGGAGCGCGCGGCGGCGGGAGUUGCGAGGACGAUCGCUGAGGUGGUGAUGAUGUGUCAUUCGAAUGGUGUUGUGCAUAGAGAUUUGAAGCCUGAGAAUUUCUUGUUUGCGAAUAAGAAGGAGAACUCUGCUUUGAAGGCUAUUGAUUUUGGGUUGUCUGUGUUCUUCAAACCUGGAGAUAAGUUUACGGAGAUUGUUGGGAGUCCUUAUUACAUGGCUCCUGAGGUGUUGAAGAGAGAUUAUGGACCUGAGGUUGAUGUUUGGAGUGCUGGUGUUAUCAUCUAUAUCUUGCUCUGUGGUGUUCCUCCCUUUUGGGCUGAGACGGAACAAGGAGUGGCUCUUGCGAUUCUGCGGGGAGUUAUUGAUUUUAAGAGAGACCCUUGGCCUCAGGUUUCGGAGAGUGCUAAGAGUCUUGUGAGGCAGAUGCUGGAUCCUGAUCCGGCUAAGCGUUUGACUGCUCAGCAAGUGUUGGCUCAUCCUUGGAUACAGCAUGCGAAGAAAGCUCCGAAUGUUCCUUUAGGGGAUAUAGUCAGAUCGAGAUUGAAGCAGUUCUCUAUGAUGAAUAGAUUUAAAAAGAAGGUUCUUCGUGUAAUUGCGGAGCACUUGUCUGUUCAAGAGGUUGAAGUGAUCAAGGACAUGUUCUCACUGAUGGAUGAAGACAACGAUGGUAGAAUAACUUACCCGGAACUCAAAGCUGGACUUCAAAAGGUUGGCUCACAACUUGGUGAACCAGAGAUCAAAAUGUUGAUGGAAGUGGCGGAUGUUGAUGGGAAUGGGGUUUUGGAUUAUGGAGAGUUUGUAGCUGUGAUCAUUCACUUGCAGAAGAUAGAGAACGACGAGCUUUUCAAGCUAGCUUUUAUGUUCUUUGACAAAGAUGGAAGUACAUACAUCGAGCUUGAUGAGCUACGGGAAGCUUUAACUGACGAGUUAGGUGAACCAGAUGUCAGUGUUUUAAACGACAUCAUGCGUGAAGUUGAUGCUGACAAGGAUGGGCGUAUAAACUAUGAUGAGUUUGUGACGAUGAUGAAAGCAGGAACAGAUUGGAGAAAGGCGUCAAGGCAAUACUCAAGAGAGAGGUUCAAAAGCUUAAGCCUUAACUUGAUGAAAGAUGGGUCAUUGCAUCUCCAUGACGCUCUCACUGGACAAUCUGUUCCUGUUUGAUUUUUCCGGUUUGUCCUUUUGAGGGAUGGGGAGGUUACAGAAGCCACGGUCCUUAUAUGAACAUUUUGGGUUGUAUUUAUAUGUAAUGUUUUGUUCAAAGGUUGUAUCUUUAUUAUUUCAAAAGCCAACUCAAAAUCCUAAACACAAAGAGGUAAUAGUACAGAUCUUUUAUUACA